AAAGUUUACAAACAUUUUUGUACAUUUUUUUAAAAAAAAUAUAGUAAAACGAAAGAAAGCCAUGUUCCACUCCACGACGUCCGCUCACAUCGAUCAAGGAAAAUUUUGAGGUAAGAAGAUAGUUAGUAAUUUCAUAACUCUUGAUUUAUCCUAGAAUGGAAGCUUUGAACAACCAACCUCAUGUGUCCGGAGAUUCCGAGGCAUCAAACAUUGGAAACUUUUUUGGUGGAAACCCAGGAAAUAAUAAUAACAAUCUCAACGCUAACAAUGAGAAUAUCGUUGGAAAUAACGUAAUCAAUCAAGUGGCGGGAUUUCUCCACCAACUUGCUACACAAGUCCGUCCCGAAGGUUGGAAUUUAGAUCGUCUCAAGAAGAAUGGUGCUUGGGUAUACAAGGGAGGAGAAUCGGGACCUCCAGAAGUCGCAGAGCACUGGAUCGAACAGACAAAACGUGUUUUUGAAGAUAACCUCAUUCAAGAAGGAGAAUGGGCUCGACUGGCCAUAUCUCUACUGCAAAAUGAAGCAUAUGAUUGGUGGAAAGUUGAAAAGACCAAAGAAGGACUGCCUGAACCCCUAACUUGGGUAGCAUUUGAGAAAGCUUUUUCUGACCAUUUCAUACCUCCUUACUAUCGUGACGCAAAAAGAAAAGAAUUUCAAAAUCUGAAACGUAAAGGGAUGUCUGUGGAAGCUUACAAAACAAAAUUUGUUAAGCUAUCUAAUUAUGCUAAGGAUUUAAUCACUGAUGAGGAGAAACGAUGUGAGUUCUUCAUCGACGGGCUAGAUGAAGAAUUCCAAAGGAGUCUCAACGGGACUGUACAUCGGAACUUCAAUGAGCUCAUCAAAGCAACCAUGCGUAUUGAUUCGAUCGGAAAGAAAACCUUUGAUCAAGGGGAAGCAUCAUCAAAGAAGAACAACUCCAAUACAAAGAAUGUUGGUUGGGGAAAAUAUGGUCCCAAACAACAACAAUACUUCAACAAUAAAAAGAAGACGGAAACUCUGGUUGAGA